GCAGAGUCUCUAUCUCAACCUGCAGUACAUAAGCUUCUCUAAGCCGCGUAACUUACUACUGCUGCAAAUUAGGGUUUUUGGUACUUCGCAUAUCUUCUCAUCCAAGUUCAUCUUCCUUGUUAACCCUCAAUCAUGGCGGAGCAGACGGAGAAAGCUUUUUUGAAGCAGCCUGGUGUUUUUCUAAGUUCUAAGAAGACAGGGAAGGGGAAGAGGCCAGGUAAGGGAGGGAAUCGAUACUUUAAGAGUAUUGGUUUGGGAUUCAAGACUCCUCGUGAGGCUACUGAAGGUACAUACAUUGACAAGAAAUGCCCAUUCACUGGAAAUGUUUCUAUCAGAGGUCGUAUCCUUGCUGGUACAUGCCACAGUGCUAAGAUGAACAGAACUAUCAUUGUUCGACGCAACUACUUACAUUAUGUCAAGAAAUACCAGAGAUAUGAGAAGAGGCACUCUAAUAUUCCUGCUCACAUAUCACCAUGUUUCCGUGUGAAAGAGGGAGAUCAUGUUAUUAUUGGACAGUGCAGGCCUUUAUCCAAAACCGUGAGGUUUAAUGUCUUGAAGGUGGUUCCAGCCGGUUCUGCUGGUGGGGGUAAAAAAGCUUUUACCGGAAUGUGAGCUCGGUGCUUAAAUUUUGAUUGUUACUUCUAGGAAUGAUGUCCAGACUUUUCUGCUUUUACUGAAUUGUUGUCUUCAUUGAUUUUCCUUUGAGCUUCAAAUUUUGAAACUUAAUGCUAGUAUCUUUUUUUUAAUUAAUUCUGUGUACUAGCUUAUAAGAUGUUUGGUUAUUGAACCUUAUAAAAAGAUGUUUGGUAAUUAAA